GAAUUCUUCCGCAAGAAGAAAAUCCAAAGCUAAAAAUAGAUUUAUAAAAAAUCAUUAUUCUCUGUGUGUGAAAAGGAAAAUCUCGUGAAUUCUUAAAAGUGAUUGUAAAAAAGAAAAAUUAAAACAUGAAACAAAGUUUAUUUUCAUUCAUUUCGUGAUAUUCAAUAUGGAAGUUAGAUCAGAAAUUUACGAUGAAACUGAUUUUGGAAGUGUUGCUAUCAGCAGUGGAAAUGUAAUUUCCAAAUUCCGAUUCAAUUUACAAUCAAAUCAGGAGGAUGUCAUGAAGCAACUGCAACAUGAUGACGAUUCGGAUGUGAUUGUGCCAAGAAGGAAGAACGAGUUCAUUGAAAUCGAGCACAAAAAGUCGACAGUGUUGUCAGAAGUUGGCCUUCAAGUGUGGCGUGGCGCUUUUCUUCUCAAUGACUUCAUUUUAAGUAACCGGGAUUUAUUUUCGAAUAAAAACAUUCUUGAACUUGGAAGUGGCGUCGGAUUGACUAGCAUUUUAGCUAGUGUUUAUGCAAAGAAAGUCAUUUGUACGGAUAUCAACAUAAGCGGGAUUUUAGAUUUAAUUAGAAGAAAUGUUGAGUUGAAUAAAAGUUUUCAAAGAUACCAGAACAACAUUGAUGUACUGGAAUUGGAUUUCCUUUCAAAAAGCUUUUCUGUGAAACUCGAAAAAGAAUUGAAAAGUCUUGAAAUUGUUUUAGCUGCUGAUGUAAUUUAUGAUGACGAUAUCACCGAUGGACUUAUUAAAACAAUUAUUAAACUGUUUAAAAUGUCACCAAAGUUAUCGGAAUUGUACAUGGCAUUGGAAAAGCGUUAUGUGUUCGUCGAGUCUGUCUGCGCCCCAAUGUAUGAACAUUUCUUAAAGAAUUUCCAACAAGCUUCAAGUGGAGUGCUAAAAUUUUCAGAAAUAUCAACUCAAUUUCCACAAUAUUUUGACUACGAUAGAUAAUUUGAGAAAAGUUUUAUUAAUAAUAUGGAAAAAUACUCCACGAAAGAUGUUAAUGGAGCAACAACUUCAAACUUAAACAUUUCAAUUGUUGGUGCAGGUCUGGUCGGUUCGCUAGCAGCGAUUCAUUUAGGAAAACGAGGGCAUAAAAUUAAGUUGUAUGAGUACCGCGAAGACAUAAGAACAGCUGAACUUGUUAUUGGAAGAAGUAUCAACUUAGCUUUGUCAGCUCGUGGAAGAAAAGCUUUGGCGGAAGUCGGUCUGGAAGACAAGCUUCUUGAACAUGGAAUCCCAAUGUAUGCUCGAAUGAUACACAAUCUCGAUGAAAGCCACAAAAUCAUUCCAUAUGACAAUAAAAGUUCUCAAGCAAUUUAUUCAGUCGGACGUAAAUAUUUGAAUGAAAUUCUACUCAAUGCCGCUGAAAAGUAUCCCAACAUCGAACUGAAGAUUAACAGGAAAUUGUCAGGUGGUCAAGUGUCGAAUGGUGAAAUGAUUUUCACAGACACGUUUACAAAAGAAGAAGAAAAAGUUUCAUCGGAUUUAAUUGUGGGAUGUGACGGAGCAUUUAGUAGUGUACGACGUGAAAUGUUGAAGAAGCCAGGAUUCAAUUACAGUCAAACUUACAUCGAACAUGGCUAUCUGGAACUUUGCAUUCCACCUGCGAAGGAUGGUGGAUUUAAAAUGCCGGAAAAUUAUCUUCACAUUUGGCCACGGGGAAAAUUCAUGAUGAUUGCAUUGCCGAAUCAAGAUCGAACAUGGACAGUCACACUUUUCAUGCCUUUCGAAAAUUUUGAUGCUAUUAAAAGUUCAUCAGAUCUUUUAAGCUUCUUCAAUAUUUACUUUGCUGACUCGAUUCCACUAAUCGGUGAAGAGCGGUUGAUUAAAGAUUUCUUUAAGACACCGGCUCAACAUUUGGUAGCUAUCAAGUGUCGCCCUUAUCACAUCUCUUCGAAAGUUUUGCUUAUCGGCGACGCGGGUCAUGCUGUUGUGCCUUUUUAUGGCCAGGGAAUGAAUGCCGGCUUUGAAGACUGCUCGAUACUUACCGAACUUUUCACUCAAUACGACAGUAAUUUGGAGAAAAUUUUACAAGAGUUUAGUGAUCAGAGAUGGGAAGAUGCACAUGCAAUAUCUGACUUGGCGAUGUAUAAUUACGUUGAGAUGAGAGAUCUUGUUAACAAACGAUCUUAUUUGAUGCGCAAAGCAUUCGACGACUUUCUUUUCUGGUUGAUGCCCAACUUUUGGGUGCCUUUGUACAAUUCAGUGUCAUUCAGUCACAUGCCCUAUAAGAAAUGCGUGGAUAAUCGAGCAUGGCAAGAUAAAAUGUUAAGCAAAGUGUUCAAGUUUGUCGGCUUUCUCGUUUUAUGCGGUGCUGGUGUUGGAAUUUAUUCCUUCACUCGUAGACUUAACAUCAACACGGAAAUAAUCGAAUGGAUUGAAAAACUUAAGUUUAAUUAAUAAAACAUCUUAAUAGCACUUGAGCUUUAUUUUGUACAAAAAUAUUCAAUAUAGACAUCUGAGUAGUUGUUUUCAACAUAAAAGCGUAAAAAAUAUGGAAUAAAAUAAAUAUUUCUCAAACAAUA